AUCGAUCAAACUUAUAUAACGCGUACAUUAAUGUCGCGUGCCAUAGCAGAACAGUUUUUUGGCUGUUUCAUUACAUCACAUCAUUGGUCUGAUACUUGGUUGGCUAAAGGCAUUGCUGAAUAUUUGUGUGGCCUGUAUUCACGAAAGUGUUUUGGAAACAAUGAGUAUCGGGAAUGGGUUCAAUCGGAAUUGGCGCGUGUAGUGCGCUAUGAAGAGCAGUAUGGUGGAAUUAUACUUGAUUGUAGUCAGCCACCGGCUCCACUACCAGUGUCAAGUACGAAUCCUGCAAGUGCGACUAGCAAACAAACAGAAAUCGUGCAUUAUUUUCCUAUCAAAAGUUUACAUACGGUUUCGCCUAAAUAUGUCGAAGCAAUGAGGCGUAAGGCUCAUUUGGUUAUACGAAUGUUGGAACACCGCAUCGGACAAGAGUUACUUAUACAAGUUUUUAAUAAACAACUGGUGCUGGCUACUAAUGCAGCGGUGACAAAAAUUGGCUCCGGUUUAUGGCAUCACUUGCUUAUUUCCACCAAUAUCUUUAUCAAAGCUAUUUUCACUGUAACUGGCAAAGAUAUGUCUGUUUUCAUGGAUCAGUGGGUGCGUACUGGUGGGCAUGCGAAAUUCUCUUUUACUUCGGUGUUCAAUCGCAAACGUAACACAAUUGAACUAGAGAUAAGACAAGAUUUUGUAAAUCAACGAGGCGUCCGUAAAUAUAAUGGACCCUUACUGGUACAACUACAAGAACUGGACGGCACAUUCAAACAUAUGCUACAGAUUGAAAAUACUGUAGUGAAGGCAGAUAUUACUUGUCACUCGAAAAGCCGACGUAAUAAAAAGAAAAAAAUUCCACUAUGUACGGGAGAAGAAGUCGAUAUGGAUCUCUCUGCAAUGGAUGAUUCACCUGUACUUUGGAUUCGUCUAGACCCAGAAAUGAUUUUAAUACGCGAUCUAAACAUAGAACAACCCGAUUUUCAGUGGCAAUAUCAGUUGCGCCAUGAGCGUGAUGUGACAGCACAGUUUGAGGCUAUAAAAGCCUUAGAGAAAUAUCCAACAAACGCAACACGUUCUGCACUAACGGAUACGAUUGAGAAUGAACGCUGUUUUUAUAAAGUGCGCUGUGAGGCAGCACAUUGCCUUACGAAAGUGGCCAAUCAAAUGGUGACACAAUGGAGUGGCCCACCGGCAAUGUUGAAUAUCUUCAGGAAAUUUUUCGGCUCAUUUAGUGCACCCCAUAUAAUUAAACAGAAUAAUUUUGCCAAUUUUCAGUUAUACUUUUUACAAAAAUUAUACUUUUUACAAAAAGUUAUACCUGUCGCAAUGGCCGGCCUACGCACUUCGCAUGGUAUUUGUCCACCCGAAGUCAUACGCUUUCUCCUGGAUCUCUUUAAAUACAAUGAUAACACGCGUAAUCACUACUCAGAUGUUUACUAUCGCGCUGCUUUAGUUGAUGCCUUAGGAAAUUCCAUAACACCUGUUGUUUCCGUCGCUCUACGUGGCACACCAAUUACUUCGGAUAGUCUUUCCGCAGAUGCCAAACUCGUACUUGAAGAGGUCACUCGUCUACUCAAUAUGGAAAAGAACUUACCUUCAUACAAAUAUAUGGUAUCUGUUUCUUGUCUUAAAGUGAUACGAAAACUACAAAAAUGUGGCCACUUGCCUUCGCUGCCGAAAAUCUAUCGCUGCUAUGCUGCUUAUGGCCAAUAUCUUGACUUACGUAUAGCGGCUAUGGAGUGUUUAGUGGAUUUCGUAAAAGUAGAUGGUCGUUGGGAAGAUUUAGAUCAUUUGAUUACACUGCUUGAAACAGAUCCCGACCCAGCUGCACGGCAUGCGCUUGCACAAUUACUAAUCGACAAUCCACCAUUUACGCGUGAGUCACGUAGUAGCCGCUUAGAUCGGUCAGAGUUGGUAGAGCGAUUGUGGUCAAAUAUGAA